AUGGACCAUCAGUGUUGCCAUGGCAGGAUGACGGGGAGGAUGUGCCGCUCUGCCCGGGGCGUGUGCACAUGUGUGUUUCUACUCUUCCUGACACACGUGGCGCCUCAACACACCUGUAGACACGUGCAUCCCACACCUGACCAGGUAAUUCUGGAUGUCCCUCUCGACUCUGCCCACUUAAUUAGAAAACGGAGUGUCGACCAGCCACUUAGAAUUAAACUUUACUACGACGAGAGUGUCUAUGCACUGUCAGAGGAAAAAUAUCAAUUAAUUCAUGAGAUGGUAAUGCCAACAGCUGUGAAUUACUGGGAAGCUGCAUUGAUGGUGAGGAAGACGGAGAGCGUUAUUAGACUAAACAGGCGCUGUGAGAAAAAUCAGGUGUUUUUAUUAAAGGGAGAGCCACAUCCUUACUGCAAGAGUCGAUGUGAGGCUGUGACCAUGUGUGGGGAGGUGCAGGUCCCUGAACAACACCUUCACGCCUGCCGGGUGUGCAAUACUCUGGGUGACAACUGCCGGGUGGUGGCGCGGGAGGUGGGUGACGGGAUACCAAGCGCGGAUUUUGUGUUUUAUAUAUCAGCGCUUGAGACGGAGAGAUGUCGGAGAGGACACACUGUUGCCUACGCCGCCCACUGUCAACAGGAGGCAGCGCUGGACAGACCCAUCGCCGGACACGCCAACCUGUGCCCGGCAGCCAUCAGCACCAAGGCACAAGAGCUGGAGACGUUGAUAUCUACAGUAAAACACGAAAUUCUGCAUGCUUUGGGCUUCUCUAUCUCCCUGUACGCCUUCUACAGGGACGACGACGGGCUUCCGCUUACCAACAGGACGGAGAACGGCAAACCAGCGCUGAAUGAGGCGCUGCAGGCGCGUCAGUGGAGCGAGAGAGUGAUCCAGAGAGUGGUGCGGUCUGAUUGGCAAGUUAGAGGAGGGAAGACUGUCAAGGAAAUGAAUCUUGUGGUCACACCUAGGGUCAGGGAAGAGGUUCGUCGUCAUUUUAACUGCCCUGACCUGGAGGGGGCUGAGUUGGAGGACCAAGGACAUGAAGGAACAGCCCUCACUCACUGGGAGAAGAGAGUGUUUGAGAACGAGGCGAUGACAGGCACCCACACGCAGAACCCCGCCUACUCUCGCAUCACCCUGGCACUUAUGGAGGACACAGGCUGGUACAAGGCCAACUACCACCUGGCACAGCCUCUCAAAUGGGGAAGGCACCUUGGUUGUACUUUCGCGAUGAAGAGCUGUAAAGAAUAUAUGGAGGAACAGACAAGGAGUGGCCGAAGCAUUCACCCUUUCUGCAACAAGGUGAAGAGAGACCCACUGGAGACAGACUGCACUGAAGAUAGGAGCUCUGUGGCCCUCUGUAACCUGGUGGAGCACAGAAACCAGCUGCCAGGACACUAUCAGAAUUUUGGCGCCAUUCCCCACGUGACGUCCUCCCGUGUGGGUUUCUAUGGGGGUUCAGUGGCUCUGGCUGACUAUUGUCCCUACAUUCAAGAGUUCACCUGGAAGAAUAAUGACGUUGUUAUUCGCGGCUCCCACUGCCAGUACCCCGAGAAUAACCCAGACUCAGAGAAGAAUUUUGCCCUAGAGGCGUACGCAGAGGACAGCCGGUGCUUCAACCAAGAGAGAGAGUGGGUGGAGAGAACGUGUGGACACCUGAGACAAUGGCAACACUGGGGCAGCGGGUGUUACCAGUACCUGUGUGUGGACGGCCGGCUGCACCUCACUGUUGCCAACCACACCUACACCUGCUAUCACGCUGGCCAGAUCAUCAACAUCUCUAUCUUCCACAACGGCUGGCUUCAUGAGGGGGCCGUGGUGUGCCCUCCCUGUAGUGAACUAUGCGAGGAAGCCAACAUGGUGUGCCGGAAAGGGCGUGAACCCCCGAAGUCAGUGGAGUACUACAGGGACGAGCUGGUUUGCCGGGCCCCCUCUGUUUCACCUCUCACUCUCCUCUCACUCUCUCUCUCACUCUCUCUCUCUCUCGUGUGGAAUGUCGAGCUCUGACGUUUGUUUUUGUUAGUUUUUUUGUUUGUUUUUUGUGUUUUUUUGUGAUUUUUUGGGGUAAGUUUUAAAAAAGUCAUUAGCUUGUUUUGUUUUUUUCUGUCUGUCUGUCUCUCUCUCUCUCUCUCUCUCUCUCUCUCUCUCUCUCUCUCUCUCUCUCUCUCUCUCUCUCUCUCUCUCUCUCUCAGAAACUAGAAAAAUUGAGCUAGUUUUAAUCUGACACCAAUUUUCUCUCUCUCUCUCUCUCUCUCUCUCUCUCUCUCUCUCUCUCUCUCUCUCUCUCUCUCUCUCUCUCUCUCUCUCUCGGUAACU